GUAAUCUUUUAUUUAGUGGUUGAGUCCAAAAAUUAAGCAUUCAUUAUCUACUAUCAGACCUGACGUAGGUCUCAUCAAGGGUGCUAGGCUGAACAACGACUGCGUUGUUGGACUCAAUUCUCUCAUCUCUCAAGAAGACAUUAUUUAUGGAAUUGACUGAAAACUAAGAUAUUACUUAUGCUGAUUGUAAUAUCAACACAUUUCAGUAAUACGAGAUGGAGGGCGGAGAAUCUCCCUUGGAUGUCCUCUCGAGAGCUGCCACAAUGGUACAGGAAAAUCAGUCGUUUUCUGCUUCAGAUGAUGGAACGAAACCCUACACGAAACACACGACAAAGUGGAAGAGAGAGCGACGGCAACGUCCACCCGAAUAUCCUCGGAAAUCUGACCCCAAAUAUUCAGAGACGUUUGGUGCGGAUCCAUCCAGUCCAAUCAGUUAUGAUCUACCAGUUAACGCCGCCAACUCAAAUGGCGUCAAAACUUCGCAAAUCCAACCAGAUUCACCACUAGACAUGACUGUUAGGCAGAGAGGGCUUCCACCUUCGUAUGCACAAACUAUCAGCAAUCCUGGAUACAGAUCCAGUUACAGACCUUCGGUCAUACACAACGGAGUGCCACCAACAAGGGAGGAGUUACCUUCGGGUAUAUCUAUGUGCGACCCGAUAAUAGAUGAACAUUUCAGAAGAUCCUUAGGAAGUGAUUACCAUACCGUUUUCAGGAAUAACGCUUCCAAAGAAAAAUCUCCUCCGAAGUCUCCUCCUAAAGUGGAAAACUCUCCGACAACUAGUGUCAUAGAACUCAUGGAUAGUACGGGGUUGUCAGUAGACGAUCAUUUCGCCAAAGCUUUAGGCGAUACUUGGGCUAAAUUAAACAGAAAAGAGCCCGAAAUGAAAACUAGUUCCAGUGAAAAUGGACUCGUUUCCAUAUAAACCUCAGAAAUUGUAUAACAUUUACUAUAUUUAUAGUCUUACAGUAGUCAUUGCAUUAGUUAUGAAAUAAGGCCAAUAGUGUUGUGAUUUGAUGAAAAUGUUCAUUCUUGGGGUCUAUAUUGAAUAUUAUUAUCGAUUAUGAAUAACAAAUUAUGAUCAACAACACUAAAGUAAAUUACCAGAAGUUUGGAGCGGAAAGUGAUUGGUUGAAUUACAGUGCUUGGUGUCAAGUCAAAACAUACUGAUUCAUGUAUUUCAAAAACAUAUUCAGUUAUACAGGGUAAUUCAAAUUCGAACCCCACUAUU